AUGACUAAAGAAUCAUCUGAACAAUCUCAAAGUGGAAUAAAAAUAUAUACAAGUAAUCCAUGGAAUUUAAUUAAAAGUGGAUUUCUUGUUCUUACAUGGAUUGCUUUAGGUAUUCAUCUUGAAUUGGUUGGACCAACAAUGGGAAUUCUAGCAUCAAAUGCCAACGUUGAUUAUAGUGGUAUGGGUUCAGCACUUGCAUCACGAGGUGCAGGUUAUUUAAUAGCAAAUAUAUGUGGUGCUUUUCUACAAAACAUUGUUAAAAAACAUUCGGAAGGUAUUCUUGUUUGUGCAUUUAUAUUAGCUGCUAUUGCCGUUUUUGGUACUUCAUUGGUAACAUCAUUGAUAUUAAUGUGUAUUUUAUUUUUUAUUCAAGGUGCUGCUCAAGGUCUUACAGAUUUAGGUGGAACGAAUAUAUUGUUAACAAUGUGGGGUGCACAUGCAGCGGCUCCAUUAAAUACGGCUCAUUUAGGAUAUGGAAUUGGUGCUGUUAUUGCUAAUUUACUUGUUCGUCCAUUUCUUAGUCAAAGAUCUUUAUCAAAGGAUACAACAAAUAACAUAACACUUAAUGAAACAUUUGAAUCUGUCCAUUCGAUACCAACAAAAAAUUCGUCUAUUGUUGUUCCUUAUUCAAUUACUGCAGUUUUAUGUCUUUUAAUAGCUGUUGGACAUCUUUUUUUCUAUAUUCGAGAACAAAAAAGUCAGAGAGAAAGAUUAGAAAUUCAACAGGUUGAUUAUACUGCUGUAAGUACAAAUCCAUUGAAUACAACUCAUACAAUUGAUAAAGAUAAAUCUUCUCCAUAUUCUCCUCGUACAUGUGGUCGAGGAUUUUUUCAAUAUGGUUUAAUACUUUCAAUUAUAUUUGUUAUAUAUACAUUUUUCAUUGGUGGAAAUGAUCAAACAUUUUCCAAAUUCUUUUUUAGUUAUGUUAAGCAAGAUAAAUUUAAUAUAUCAACUCAAGGUGCAAGUUGGGCUACUAUUUUAUAUUGGCUUUCAUAUUCUAUUGGUAGAUUAAUUGCUGCAAUUAUAUCUGUAUUUUUAUCAGUGGAUAUAUGUCUUAAUAUUGUUUGGUGUGGAGGAUUUUGUCUUGCUCUAGCUUGGUUAAUUUUUGUAUGGGUUAUUGGUUUAACAAGUACAAGUUUAUUUAUUCUUGGAUCAGCAACUGGUUUAGUAUUUUCGCCAAUAUUUCCAUUAUCAUUUGGAUAUUUUAAUCAGAAAUUAAAUGUUGUACCAAUGCUUCUUGCUUUACUUUUAUGUGGAUCAGCAGUUGGAACAAUAACACUUCAAAAAAUAGCUGGUUUUGUAAUGGAUCGUAAUCCAAAACAUUUUCCAACACUUUUAAUUGUUUGUUUAUUAAUGUCAAUUAUUUUUUAUCUUAUUUCAUAUGUUAUUUAUUCUAUUCAUAAACGAAAAAAUUUAUCAAAUCCUCGACCUUCUGUAACUGGUGGUGCAGCUCUUUCUCCUGAAAAUUUUAAUGAAGAAGAACAACAAAUGGCUACUUAUUUAAGAGAUAAUCAAGAUACAUAA